UUCCUGCAGUCACGCUGCAACUGCGACUCACUCAGCUCCAUCACUUCCACUUCUGUCCCGCGGAGUCAGUCUUUCUGUUUUUACAGGAGCACUAAAACACUCGUUAUUCACACAUCCUGCACAAGAACCAGCAUCGGGACUCUCAAAGCUCUCGGACAUCGUUUUCUCCCCUCCCAAAGUUGAAUCUCUUUUCAUUCAAUGGGUCCGUGUGCAGUGCUGCUCUGCUCUCUGUUCGGAGUUCUGCUUGGACAAGGAGUGGAGCAGAUCUCCAUAGAGGACUGCUGUAAAGAUGGCCAGAAGCGAGCCCGUGAUAACGAAGACUGCUCGUCCUUGCCUCUCAUCUCUGCGUCAAACACAUGCAGGAUAGUGCAGGAGCAGUGCUGUGUAACAGUGCUCGAAGAUAAAUUGUGCACCACUGGUAUCAACGUGGCCAAAGACCAAGGAGCCUGUGAUUCGUUAUUCACCAACACCUGCGAGACCAAGACCACGAAGAUGUGCUGCGACUGCUGUCUUCUGGGGAAGGCGGCCCUAGAGAAUGGCCUAACCUGUGACCACAACCUGUCAGCGGGUUACCAGUGUGGCCAGGUGUCCCGAGCCUGCUGCAUGGCUGCAGCCCCAGACAACCAGACCACACCCACGACAACAACUGAAUUACCAAACAAGGAUGACACCAGUGACAAUGGAGAUAAUUCAGUAUUAAAUGAUAUGUGCCAAGGGAAAUGUGCUCAUAACUGUGUAGGCAAUGACACUUGCACCUGCCACAAAGGCUUCAAACUCAAGCCAGAUGGAAAGAGCUGUGAGGAUAUCAACGAGUGUUUGCUGGGAGCCAGCAACUGUCGAGCAGGAGAGCGCUGUAUCAACACAGAGGGCUCGUUCCGUUGCCAGAGAGAGGUCAGCUGUGGGACUGGCUAUGAACUCACUGACAACAACAAUUGUAAAGAUAUUGAUGAGUGUGAGACUGGUAUCCAUAACUGUGGCCCAGAGUUUGAGUGCCAAAACACCCAGGGGUCGUUCCGUUGUGUCCCUAAGGUCAAGUGUGGUGCUGGAUAUAUCCAGGAUGCCCUUGGCAGCUGCAUUGAUAUCAAUGAGUGUGUUAGCCAGACGGGCCCAUGCCACCGUGGGCAGACCUGUGUCAACACAGUCGGCUCCUACAUGUGCCAGAGGAACUCCGUUAACUGCGGCCGAGGAUACCACCUCAAUGAGGAGGGCAAUCGCUGCGUUGAUAUUGAUGAGUGUAAGGGCCCUGAAAAGGUCUGUGCGGGUCAUGGUUGCAUCAACCUGAUAGGCUCCUACCGCUGCGAGUGUGAGACGGGCUACAUCUUCAACAGCAUCAGUCGGGUCUGUGAGGAUAUUAAUGAAUGCAGGCAUUACCCUGGCCGCCUGUGUGCUCAUAAGUGUGAGAACACACUUGGAUCAUACCAGUGUAGCUGCACCACCGGCUUCAAGCUCGCUGGUGAUGGCAGGAAUUGUGACGAUUUGAAUGAGUGUGAGAGCAACCCAUGUAGCCAAGAGUGUGCCAACGUGUACGGCUCCUACCAGUGUUACUGUCGCCGUGGUUACCAGCUCAGUGACAUAGAUGGAAUGACUUGUGAAGAUAUAGAUGAGUGUGCCCUGCCCACUGGAGGUCAUAUUUGCUCCUAUCGCUGUCACAACACCCCCGGCAGCUUCCACUGUUCCUGUCCUGUCAAUGGCUACACCUUGGCACCCAACGGCCGCAGCUGCCAGGAUAUUGAUGAAUGUGUGACAGGAACACACACGUGCGCGGAGAAUCAGAGCUGCUUUAAUGUACAGGGAGGAUUCAGAUGCCUGUCCUUCGACUGUCCAAACAACUACCGGCGCGUUGGAGAGACUCGAUGUGAACGCUUGCUUUGCAAUGAGUCUGUCGAGUGCCUGGCCAUGCCCCUGAGAAUAACCUACUACUACCUCACCUUCCCCACCAACAUCCCCGUCUUCACCAACAUCUUCCGCAUGGGCCCCUCCCACACCGUGGCCGGCGACGACAUCCAGAUCGCUAUCACCUCUGGCAACGAGGGCGGUUUCUUCAAGACGGAGCAGGUGGCCACUGGCGGCGUCAUGUCGGUGGCAAAGCUCAUCAACAAGCCGCAGGACUUCGAUCUAUCUCUGGAGCUAAGGCUGCGUCGCUACGGCACGCUCAGCACGUACCUGGCUAAAGUGCUGGUGUUUGUUACCCAGGAGGAGCCCAGAGUACCUUACAAUCCCCUACUAGAAUAAAACACUAAAGUUACACAGGGUCACAAGUUAAUACACUCUUAAAAAGGAUGUGUCAUUUUAAAUGCACUGUGUCGUAGAGUUAACAGAAAAAAAUCAUCCGCAACACUGCGAGAUAACGUCACAGUAUGUUCAAAGCGAAGCAUGGUGAUGCAGACUACUGUAUGUUACAUUCUGCGUAGAUAUAAAUAAAAAUUAGGAUUUCCAGUUACUAAAAAUUCAUUGUUAUAAUCAAAAAUCAUUUUCUUUCAUUCAUAGAUUUGUGUGAUUAGAGUAAGGCCUGCCUAAAAAUGUGCCCAAACUAAUGGCUGAAUCAACUGGCUUGGGGCCCCAGAGCAGAAAUGAGCUGUGGGCCCCUAACAAAUAGUCCCAUCCACAGAACUGGCUUAUCCCCUGAAAAGCUCCAGUUGUGGGCUCUCCCCAAAUCUGCUUCACUCGUAUCGAUGCAUUUGUGUGCUCAUGUGCAGUCCACUUUUUUGCAACAGUUGCAUACAAAAGAAAAAACAAAAAACUGCAUACCAUUUUCAGGAGAGGGGUUUUUAGAAUGAACCAGGCUUCAAAAUAGCACAUACUCGGGGCAUCCAGGAGCUCACCUGGUAGAGCAGGUGCCCCACAUAAAAAGGCUUUGUCCUUGCUGUAGCGGACGGGGGCUCGAAAGUUUUCACCUUUUUUCCCCCCUUAUGGACUGCCCUGCUAACGACCCCUGUCGCCCUUUAUACAGUAUCUGUGCAUCAUCCUGUCCUCUAUAAAAACAAUUUCAUUUAACAAUGUUGACUUUGACAGAAAAGUGAGUAGUUUUUUAAGUGCAUUUCCUAAAAUGUCACACCAUUCCUGUUCACCAUUUUUCAAUGCAUCAAAUUACUACAAACCAACAGGCACAGUUGAUGUGAUUCCACCCACCUGUUUUUAUGUGCAUUUAUAAAUUUGCACAGUUUAAAAAAACAGAGUGGAAACAACAAAAAUUCCCUCCAAAAAUUUUACAAAAAUAUGUUUACACCUGGGGGAGAUUGAGCAAAUAAAUGAUGACAUGCAGUCAUGGUGUACCGUCAUUGCAUAGACCACUACAAGCUCUCUAAAUCAUCUCUGGAUGGCUUUUAACACACUUAUCCACACAGUGCUGUUGCCAGAACUCUUCUAAGAACACACAGCUGUUUCUAGAAUUCUAUUCCCAUUGUCCAGUGUGCUGCCCAUUAUUAUACAUCCAUUGUUUUCCUUUGUGUGAAGUCUGACUUAAUAAUUCUUUCUUUAAUUCCAUCAUCUCGUUGCACCUUGUUCUGCAUUAGCAUCUGAUUUGAAAAGUAUUGUUAUUAUUGAAUCAUCUCCCAAAAACAGUAGUGGAUGGCAAACCAUAUAAACCUGCAUUUUCCUUUGCAGAUGUUCUCAGUUUUGUUAAAACUUGCACUAUAUUUGCAUGGAGACCCAGCUAGUGACUCUGCAGCUUUCACAGGCACUGAUCAUCUAGUACUGUGAGGCAGCUGCCCCCUCUGUCAGACUAUUUGUCCAGCCUUGUCUAUUUCAUCUUUUAUUUUGCUAUAAAUCACCACAGAUAUGACUCUGUUCGACACAAAACAAGUGUUAAGAUGACACACCCUUUUUUGAGAGUGGAUAUGAAACAAAACAACACAAAAUCAGGAGAAAGAAGCACAGUUUCUUAGUACUGUAGCAUUUUGCAUAAUCAGUUUUUACUACUAGAAUUAAGAAUAAUGAUUGAGCAGUGCAAACUAGGUCCAACUGAAUGUAUCUUCUUGGAGGUAUGGCACCGUGAUAGCCGCUAGGUGGCGUCCUAGGUCAGGGUAAAUGAUGAAAUGGUAACGACCCAAGUUUGCCUACAACUGAGUGUAAUCUGAUGAUGGUUGCAUGAUAAAGUCUGACGUUUUGCAGUAUUUUAUGGUUUAUGUGUUGGAUGAACAGUUUUCUAUUAAAAUUGAAAUAGAAAUAACACAUGUUCAAGUCAAAUCCAGUUCUUGAUAAUGGUGCAUUGUGGGCUUUAAUCAAAUACAGUGAAGGGAGCAGCUGGAAUGUGAGGCCAAAUCACAGAUGGAGGCAAGAAGACUUCCUCACAUAGUUUCAUGUUACUAUUAUUCCAACAGCUUCAGUGAAGAGGAAGUCCAUUGACACAUGCAAAUCUCUAGUGAUGCAAAUAUUUAAAGUCAAAGUAUGUUUUGUGAUCUGAUUAAAAAAAAAGGGUUGAUUAUCUACAAAAAUACAUACACAAGUUAUUUUAAUAAACACACCAGCUCUAGAUAAUUACUGAUUUAUUUAAUGAUUUUAUUAUGUUUUAAAAGUUUCCUGCAUUAGUAAUGUUCAUGAACACAGAAGUGAACCAGACCUGUAUUUUUAAAUAGGCUUUGAAACACACACAAGUUUUCAUCUAUGUCAAUUUCCACUAUUUAUUAAGUCCAUAAAGUAAUUCCACACCUCCAAAUUCCAUUCAGAAAAGAGCCAGACUGGGCCGAUUACUGUAUUGUUACUCCCACUUCCCAAACAUCAGUUACCUUGCACCGCAAAUACGUCUUUCUCUGGCAGCUAUUUUCAUGCACAUCUCUUUAGCUCCCAUUACAUUUCAGGCUUAAUGUGAAAUGCACAGAUUUCCACUGCAUACUGCGGGUGUAAACCCCAAAGCAGACAGAUAAUCCAAAUGAAGGCUGAGUAAGUGACACGCGAUGGGAUGCAGUGGCAAAGGAGAGGGAAAUGUGCACCAGCAGGAGAGAGUAUAAAUAGUUUGACGUGCUGUGAGGCUGCUGCCCGAGGGCUGUGGCUUAUAAUAACUGUAAAUUCAGAUGUCCUAGGUUCCUCCUGUCCUUAGCUGUCAGGCCAGUAAGGAUGCACUUGGUCCCUAGUGGGGAUAUCCUUAAAAUAAGAACAUAGUGGUGCGCAUAAGGUUUUUUCUUCCCCUUUGACAUUGAGUUAUGGGGCUCUGGGCUCUGGCUGGUGGUCUGAACAAUUUGUGGUGCAGCAACAUCACCGCGCACAGAAUGAAUGAUGCCCUGCAGUGUUUGUGUUGGGGCGUUAUCAAUGUGCCGACUAUAAAUAAUAAUUACCAAAAAAAUAAAAGGCCCCAUACGCUUGACCAGAGGACUUUCAUCCAAAAAGUCUGUUUUUCUUUCUGGUCUGAAAGUAUUGGGGUUUUUCUCCUGGGCUGGGCCACGUGAGGCAUGGGGAGAUGAAGAAGACGUACAUUUCUGCAUGCACGCGCGCACACAGUCACAUAUACACAAGCAUGUUUGCAUGCACAAAGGCUCACAUGCACAAAUAAACACAUAGACGCACAUAUAGGUAGUUUUGGUGCAGACACGUACAUGCAUUGGCACACACAUGGAGCUGUAAUUAGGUCCACUUGCUGCCUUUGCUUUGAAGUGUCCGUCUGUGUGUAAAGGGGGCAGUUCACCCUGGGUCAUUAUCUUCUCGUAAAUUUACUCUCUACCUCAACAGAGCUUUCACCUCGUCCUCUAGAGCCCCGCUCGGGUCUUUCUGCAGCUCAGGCCGUGGUAUUAUAAACUAGGAGAACAUUUUGUGGGUUUGGCGUGGGCCAAAGCAAAACUUGGACCCACCCGCUAAUUGCUAAUUACAAGCCCCUACCCAGUGGUGGCUUGACUUUUUGUCAGGGGCUUCUCUCCUCGCUCUCCGUGAAAGGAGCCCUGCAACCCAAGCCGGGCCCAGGCUUUGAGCUGCAGCCUAUAGGUCCCCUGAGGAGCGCCAGAGAUCCACGGCCCAUGACUCACGAUGUGGCUAUACGGCUGCCAUGCACAUUAACUGGACUUAUACAUGGCAACUUGGCUGUUUUCAUAACCCAAUAUAACCGUGUACUGACUUGUCUCCUUUGUGAAAAACCGAGCUUAAAUUUAACAUCUUGGAUGUCAAAGUGGAGGCUUUUAUUUUGUUUCAAUAGCUCUUUCAUGAUCACAAGUUCCUCGUCGUUUCAAAGACAAACUCCUGAUUUAUGAGGUUGUUAGUGCUUUAGAAACCUCUCUCAAAGUCUUACGCCGCAGACAGGUAGUGAAUAGCGAUACUUCAGGUGGCGUUAGCCUUAGGAGCCAGCAGAGGCCCUCCAUUCCCUCCGACCUGUCACUGAUUAGUCUGUGGAAUAAACAAAGCCCUAAAUAAUAGGAUGAGAGCUGCCCUGGGGAGAGGCUGGGGAGUUGUCUAGUCAUGUUGCUCACAAUUUAGGAGUCUUUUAGAACACUCCCUUGCCCCAUAAAUCCUCCUCAAGAGAUUAUCUGAUGUGAAGCCGGGGAUGCUCAGCAAAUCCAAAUAUUUUUCCUGAGCAGGUUGUGGAUCAUUCUCUGUGAGUGUAGUAAUUCAUUUCCCACACAGCUUGAAAUAGUGCAUCAGAAAAGCAUCAAUGGCAGCGCUAGUCUCCACAAGGCAAGCUACAAAGGUUGGCUGCUGCAUGAGCUGAGGCCAUUGUUGGUUUAUUAUUCUUCCAAGCCACACAGAAUUUGAUUGUUUUUGAUGUUGACUGCUAUAUCCAGUGUCCCCGCUGUCUUGUUCAGAUAUUGUUUGUGUAGCAGCCAUUGGAGUUGUCCCACUGGGUUCUGAUUACGCAGUGGGCUGCUCCCAAGGAUGCCCUGUUAUUGUGAGCUUCAGAAACCAAAGGCGGUUGAUGGUGAAGUCUUUAUAUAGACAUUACCUAAAGGUCAUAGGCCGUGUGUGUGUGUGUGUGUGUGUGUGUGUGUGUGUGUAUGUGUGUGUGUGUUUUCUUUUUUUCCCC